AUGAAAAGAGAUGGAGAAGGAGUGCUAGCUAGGUCUCCAUUUGAUCAAGAAGCAUCUCCUGGUACCUGCACUCGCUGCUGCAAAAACCUUUCUCUCCCCUGCACCACAACCAUUGUGAAGCAACGGCUUAGAAAACUCUCGGUGCUCUUGGUCUCCAUGGCUGGUUGGGGUAAAGGAACAGAGCAAGGAGUAGCCUCCACGAAAACAGAGUUGUCGAAGAUAUGA